AUGAACCCUUGUCUGAGAGCUAUCGUAAGGUCAGCUUUGUACGUAGGGUGUACAGUUUUCUACGUUAAGGAGGGGUAUCAAGGGAUGAUCGAUGAUGAAAUACAAGAAGCUACUUGGGAUUCUGUGUCUUCGAUUAUUCACAGGGGAGGUACGGUGAUCGGAUCAGCUCGCAGUAAAGAAUUCUUAACCGAUGAGGGUAAAAUGAAAGCUAUUAAAAAUUUAAUCACUCGUGGUAUAAAUCAUUUAAUCGUAAUCGGAGGUGAUGGGUCGUUAACGGGUGCCCACGAGUUGAAAAAGAAUUGGACUCGUUUACUGGAUAAUUUAGUAUCUCAAGGACUAGUCACCAAAGACCUGGCCGAUCAACACCCUUACGUGAAAAUCGUCGGCACCGUUGGCACAAUUGAUAACGAUUUUUCCGGCACAGAUAUGACAAUAGGUGCCGAUUCAGCUUUACACAGGAUUCAAGAAGCAGUCGACUCGAUUUCUUCGACUGCUUAUUCUCAUAAACGUACUUUCAUCUUGGAAGUUAUGGGACGACAUUGCGGGUAUUUGGCUUUGAAAACUGCCCUAACUUGCGAAGCUGAUUACGUCUUUGUGCCUGAAAUGCCACCGCCGAUGAACUGGGCCGAAGAUUUAGAAAAGAAAAUCAAAAUUGGUUUCGUGUAUGGUAAACGACUUCAUAUAAUCGUGUUAUCGGAAGGAGCUGUCGAUGAAAAUCACGAACCAAUUACCGCCGAUAAAGUCAAACAGGUUUUGGUUGGAAAGAUGAAAAUCGAUACUCGAGUCACCGUUCUGGGUCAUGUUCAGAGGGGUGGAAGUCCAUCAGCGUUUGAUCGUAUUUUGGGAUCCAGAUUAGGAGCUGAGACUGUCUUAGCAGUACUUGAACUUCACCAAGAUGAUGAACCAGUCGUAGUUGUCUUGUAUAGCAAUCAAGUACAACGAGUUCCAUUGACGACGGCUGUAGAAAAAGUUAAGAAAGUUAAGCAGUUACUAGAUGAGAAUAAAUUUGACGAAGCUAUUGAACUUAGAGGAAGAAGUUUCAAGAGUAAUUUCCAGAAUUUCAAGAUACUCAGUCGAUUGGAACCGAAAAAGUUAUCUUUGGAUUCGCAGAAUCGAUACAACAUCGCUGUAUUACACAUCGGGACUCCUGUUUGCGGCAUGAACGCUUGCUUAUUUUCCUUCGUACGGAACUGUUUGCAUCGUGGCAGUAAAGUAUUCGGAAUAUUCAACGGUAUUGAAGGAUUCUUAGCUGGACAUUUUAGAGAAAUUCAAUGGUCCGAUGUAACCGGCUUGGUCUCAGAAGGUGGAUCGUAUUUAGGAACUAAGCGAACUAUACCAACUGACGAAAUGUAUCCAAAAUUCGCCGACCAGUUUGAUAAGUACAAAAUAGACGGAUUCUUGAUUAUCGGUGGUUUUGAGGGUUACCAAGCAGCUCUGGAAUUCAUCAAAAGACGAGAUCGUCAUAAAGAAUUCCGUAUUCCUAUUGCUCUUAUACCAGCUACCAUUAAUAACAACGUACCCGGCUCGGAUUUCUCAGUAGGUGCGGAUACAGCUGUAAAUAUUAUAAUGAAAGCGUGCGAUUUAUUCAGACAAUCUGCCCUCGGUACCAAACGAAGGGUGUUUAUUGUUGAAACAAUGGGUGGUAAAUGCGGCUAUUUGGCUACAGCUGCUGGUAUCGCUAGUGGUGUGGAUUCGUCGUGGAUUUUUGAAGAACCGUAUAAUAUUCAGCAUUUGACCACAGAAGUUGAACAUAUGAAGAUGAAAAUGAUUGACGGAAAAAUUCUACGUGGUUUAGUUCUAAGAAACGAAAUGUCGAGUGAUAAUUACAAUACAGAUUUUUUCACAAGAUUGUAUGCCGAAGAAGGUAAACAUGUGUUUACUGCAAGAAAAAAUAUUCUAGGUCACGUUCAACAAGGCGACACACCUUCGGUAUUUGAUCGCAGUUUAGCAGUAAAACUUAGUGUAAAUGCUGUGCAAUGGUUUUUCCGCCAAUUUGAAAAUGGCACUCGAGAUUCCGAAGGUAGAUUCAGUAUGAGCAGCGACGAUUCGUCGGUAGUUAUUGGAAUUUUCGGAAAUCAGUUUUGUAACACGAAGAUUAAUGAUUUACUGCCUUUAGUUGAUAUGGAGAAUAGAUUAGUGAAAUGCGAAUGGUGGAUGAUGUACCGACCUUUACUGAAAAUCUUAGCUUGUCAUAAUUCGGUUUAUAACGAUCCGAAUUUUAGGUGA